AUGGGGACCGCAUUGAAGACCUGGGAGCUCGAGAACUCCGUCAAGCUCGUCGACCCCAGCAAAGACGCCCUCUACAACUACUCAGCCUCCGCACAGAAAGCAAUCAACGACGCGCACCCAUGGCGAACCGACCCCAACUACUUCACCUCCGUCCGCAUCUCGGCCAUCGCCCUCCUCAAGAUGGUCAUGCACGCGCGCUCGGGCGGCUCAAUCGAAGUCAUGGGCCUAAUGCUAGGCAAGAUUGAAGCACACACAUUUGUCGUCACCGAUGCAUUCCGGUUACCAGUCGAAGGAACAGAGACACGAGUCAACGCACAAGACGAGGCAAACGAGUACAUGGUAGAGUUCCUGCAGCGCGCACGAGAACAAGGCCAGAUGGAGAACGCCGUCGGCUGGUACCACUCACAUCCCGGCUACGGCUGCUGGCUCUCCGGCAUCGACGUCAAUACACAGAAGACGCAGCAAAUGUUCCAAGACCCCUUCUGCGCCAUCGUCAUCGACCCCGAUCGAACCGUCUCCGCGGGCAAAGUCGAAAUCGGCGCCUUCCGCACAUACUCCACAGAGUACGUCGAGAACCAAGCGAAAGCGGGUGGCGGCUCCAAGAACGUGAGUGGCGCGGAGAGCGAUGGCUUUGAGACUAUUCCGCUCGGCAAGAUUGAGGACUUUGGUGCACAUGCAAACCAUUACUACUCCCUGGAAGUGUCGCACUACAAGUCUUCGCUUGACGCCAAGCUCCUAGAAGCGCUAUGGAACAAGUACUGGGUGCAAACACUCUCAUCAUCGCCCCUUAUCUCCAACCGCGACUACGGCACCAAGCAGAUCUCCGACCUCGCCCGCAAAAUGCAGCAAGAGAACAACGCCAGCAAGCGCUUCAAGGGUGGAGCGGGAUACGCGACGAACAACGAAAGCAAGAACCAGUUGACCAAGCUGGGUGCGGCGGGAAGCAAGAUUGCUCGUGAAGAGGACAUGGGACUGCUAGCGGCGAAGGUCAAGGAUAAGGUGUUUGGUCUUGCGGAUGGCGGGGAGGUCAAGAGCCAGGAGGUUGAGAUGGAGACUUCCUAG